UAUAUCAUGAUCGAAAAAGGUAAACUUUUCAUCAAUAUCAUUAACAAUGGCUUUUUUUAUCGUCAUUAUGACAAAAUCAUGAUUCUUCUUUUUUUAAUUGAGUUGAAGAGAGAUUCGAUCAUGUUUUUUAUGAAAGAGAUGUUUAGUCAAGGGCACAAGCAAUAAUCAUAAUUAAAUUCAUGAUGAUCAUAAUCGAUUAUCUUGUAUAAUUGUUUAAAUUGUCUCUUUAUAUUUAUUCAUGAAUAUUACAUGUAAUAAUGGUGUUUCUUAUCGUGAUAUAAUGGAAUAUAUUUAGCUUUUUCAUGGUGGAUGCAUAUAAUUCGAUUCCUUGAUUCAUUUACAGGCUGGCGGGAUAUUAGUUUGGAAUGAAUGACAAUAACAUGACAUCUAGUUUUAGUUAGAUAAAAUAGAAUCAUUAUAUAUUUUCAAAAAAAGUGUCUCAAAUGUUAUUAUGAGUAUAUAUAGUGUUAGGAUGAUAUAAGUAUAAUCACUAUAUUUAAAAUUUAAAGUCAUACUUUCUGCAAAUUAAAUAACCUUUAUUGUCAUAAAUACACAAUUUCUUUGGAAGAAUUUCCUACAACAUGUGUGCAUAGAUUAUUAGAAUAGAAACUGCUCAAUAUAUCACUAAAAUAUACUCGAAGUUCAAAGGUGGGAUUAAUUAUGAUUUACUCCGUAUUUCGUAAAUAGGACUUAUUUAAUCCUAUUAAAUGAAUAUAUUGAUUAAACCUUUAUUGUCUUCAUAGUUCUAUUCAUGAACUUUAUAGUUAUUUUAGUCAUAUUUAGGGAAUUUUCUCUCAACAGAAUAACAAGUCAAAUGAGCUGUCAACUACGUCUGAAUAUUGGCGGGUACCGUUUUUAAUUGGAAGUCCGUUUAUCAUAUACGUAUAUCUAUUUUUGCUCUAUCAAAUCAAAACAUAUAUAAAAAAAUCUAAUGAAUAAAGGGAAUUUUGAUAAUUAAAUGAGCCAGUUUAAUUUAAUUACUAUGGAGUAUGUAACUUAAUUACGUAGUACAAGCUAAAUGAGGUACUUGAAUGUUUUUAGCAUGUAAUAACUUUUAUAAGCCACAAACAAAUGACAUGCUUUUCCCAUUGUGCGGUUUUCUUGUGCGGGCACUAGUCAGAAUAAUGUUACUUGGUCUAUAUAUCUCAUUUGUCUGCCAUGCAUAUAUACGUUCAAUUUUCUCACUUACUCUUCCCUUUUCCUUCAACUUUUAUUCCUUUUCCAUCAUUUUGACCACUUCUCUCUUUUGUGGUUCGUCCGAACCGCGAGCCUCGUUUUUUAUACGGUCAAACUAUUUUAUCAUCACAAAACCUCUCAGUUGUGGAUAUAUUUUCCUGUACGUAAGACCUUUUUAUACACAAUUAUUGAGGCCACACACACAUAUAGUUAUAGAGAUUUGUUCGUGACAAGAGCUCCUCAUCAAAACUUUUGUACAGAAUUCAUCGUUUGAGGUAGUUCCCGGUGGAAUUUCUUGAUGAUGUUUUGUGAGAAUGUUCUUCAUGAAGUUUGAAUUAUGUAUACAAAAUUUCAGUUUACGAUUCCAUCGAGACAUCAGUUAGAUAAAUUAUUGAAAAUCACCGCUCAUUUAUAUAUAAAAAGCGAUGUUCUUUUUAAUAAUUUAUUUGAUCCACUUCUCGAUUGAAUUUUAAGCUGAAAUUUUAUGGACAUAAUUUGCACUUCAUGAAGAACAUUCUCAAAAAAACAUCAUAAAUUUCCACAAGAAACUACCUCAAACGGUGAAUUCCUGAAAGAGUACUACACAUGUUAAUAAUUCCAAAGUAGGAGUAUUAUAUCCUUAAAUAUAUUGCAUGGGGAGAUUCGGAGGAAGACAUAAUAAUACUCCUCAAAAUCGCUCUUUUAGACAUCAUCAUCUUCGCAUUAUUUAUUUACAACAAUUUACAUAUUAUCCUUAUUGUUUAGUUGAUUGAUUGAUUUAUGUAUUUAUAUAUUUUUUGUGUUAAUAUAAUGUAGGAUGAAAUUGCAAGCUCUAUGAGUGCACAAAUCUUGGAGUUCAGCGAGUCUGAAUUGUUUCCAGAAACCUUACAGGUUUCCGAAGUGGGGUCCAGCUCCAACUGCGGUUACGAGGAGCACUCGUCGUACUCCACGAAUCUCCCGCCCACCCCCGACAUGCAUACGUUCAGCGGCGGCGGGUGCGGCGGCGAGACGAAGGACAUCAUCGCCACCGUAACCGAAACGCCGAACUCCGCCGCCGUGGAUAACAACCACCUCUCCAUCGUGUUCGACACGCGCGACGACAUCGGCAACGAUAUAUCGGCGUCCAUCGACUUCGGCGGCGCAGAGAACUUCUCCCUCCCGCCGCAGUUCCUCAACCACCCUGCCAACAACCUCGACCAGUUCGACAUGUCUUCAUUCGACAACAACCAGGUCGCCGUAGGGCAACAGUACCCGCCGGAAAAUCAGAUGAUGCAGCUCAUGGCGCCGCCGCAGAUGGUGUACGACGAGGAAUGCCUUCCUUCCGUUCCUCCGUACUUGCAUCUGGCGUCUUCUUCGCCUUCUUGUUCGUUUCUUGAUCCGAAUUUGUGCGGAUACCUCCCGGGGAAUCUCAACCCCGGCGCCUUGUCCGCUGAUAAUUCCGGCGUCUUCUCCGGCGGCGGCUUUUUUCUUGGAGGGGAGUUGACUUCGUCUCAAGACCUGGAUUUUCAGGGAGAUAAUAAUCGACUGUUCUGCCCUGAUAACAUUCCACGUGUUUAUAACUGCCACAGUGACCAGUUUCAGACGCUAAACAGUGAGAAUCAGCAUUUGGUUAGUGGAGGUGGUGGGAGCUCAACAGGUUUGACAUCUGACAUCACAUGCUUGGAGGAUACAACCUUCAAGGUAGGCAAGCUUUCUGUUGAAGAAAGGAAGGAGAAGAUCCACAGAUACUUAAAGAAGAAGAAUGAGAGAAAUUUUAGUAAGAAAAUCAAGUAUGCAUGCAGAAAAACACUAGCCGACAGCAGACCAAGGGUGAGGGGAAGAUUUGCCAAGAAUGACGAUUUUGGUGAUAUGGCAACGAGAUCUCUAUCGUCCAUGGGCAGCCAAGAAGAUGAUCCAAUGGUUGACAUGACAUCAGUAACCACAAGACAUAAUUUCCUCUACGACCCUAAUUACCCCACGGCGUUCUCUCAGGGCACCGGCGCCGGCGGCCGGAGUUUCAACUCCAAUUGCCUGCCGCCGUCGGGAGCCGGCCCCUACGACAUGUGCAACACUUUGUUCUUCGCCGAUGCUAACAUGCAACGAUGAUUUAAUUAACUUUUGAUCAUUAUUAGCUGGCCGUAAUAUGGUGAUUAGAUCUUCAAUUAUGGAGGGCGGGGUGAUUGCAGCUCAACACGUGUCCUCGUAUGUACAUACCAUGUCAGCAGAUUUUUCGGAGUGAUUAAUGUAGCAACACUUAUACUAUGAUUAUGGAUACGAGAUGAAUAUAACUUCCUUGGAUUUCGUAUCAUUUAGACCAUGGUUUAGCACUAAUGUUAUAAUGUAUGCAAUUUGAUUAUACAUUCACGUGUAUAAUAAAUUAAUAAUGACUCAAAUAAUUUUUCAUACUACG